AUGAUGAACAAAUCUAGGAAGGAUUGGUCCCUCAAGCUUUAUGACACACUUUGGGCCCUACGGACGGUGUACAAGACUCCAAUAUGUACAACCCCCUAUCUGUCAAUCUAUGAAAAGGCUUUUCAUUUGCCGGUUGAGUUGGAGUAUAAAGCUUGGUGGGUUAUCAAAGAACUUAACAUGGAUAUGUUAUUGCCCGGUGAGAAGAGAUUUCUUAAGCUCAAUGAACUUGAAGAGCUUAGAUAUGAUGCCUAUAAGAACUCAAGGCUAUAUAAGGAGAAGACCAAGAAAUGGCAUCACCAACACAUAAGAAACAAGAGCUUUAAGGUUGGAGACAAGGUGUUGUUAUUCAAUUCUAAGCUUCAUUUGUUUCUCGAAAAGCUUAAAUCCAAAUGGUCGGGGCCUUUCGUGAUUUUAAAGUCUACUCCUUAUGGUUCUUUUGAGUUAGAGACGGGUGAUCAUAAGUUCAUGGUCAAUGACCAUGGUUUAAAGAACUAUUCUUGCAAGGAUGAAGUUCGUUUAAUCGAAUGCAUGAGGCUUGAUCCUAUGGACCUUAAUCGACCCCCUUAA